GUGUGUUGCCGCCAGGCUGAUUACUGGCAGUUUGUGAAAGACAUUCGGUGGCUCAGCCCGCACUCAGCCCUUCACGUGGAGAAGUUCAUCAGUUUGCAUGAGAGCGACCAGAGCGACACUGACAGCGUGAGUGAGCGUGCUGUUGCAGAGCUGUGGCUGCAGCAUAGCCUGCAGUGCCACUGCCUCUCAGCCCAGCUCCGGCCUCUGCUCGGGGACAGACAGUACAUCAGAAAAUUCUACACAGAAACUGCCUUCCUGCUGAGUGACGCCCACGUCACAGCCAUGCUCCAGUGCCUGGAAGCAGUGGAACAGAACAACCCCCGUCUUCUGGCUCAGAUCGAUGCAUCCAUGUUUGCCAGAAAGCAGGAGAGCCCGCUGCUGGUCACAAAGAGCCAGAGUCUGACCGCUCUGCCUGGUUCCACAUACACCCCUCCAGCUAGCUAUGCUCAGCAUUCCUACUUUGGGUCCUCCUCCAGCCUUCAGUCUAUGCCACAGUCCAGCCACAGCUCAGAGAGAAGAUCUACUUCCUUUUCACUCUCUGGCCCUUCCUGGCAACCUCAAGAAGACAGAGAAUGCCUCUCACCAGCAGAGACUCAAACCACCCCAGCUCCGCUGCCUUCAGACUCUACUCUAGCCCAGGAUUCCCCACUGACAGCACAGGAGAUGAGCGACAGCACUCUGACUAGCCCCCUAGAGGCAUCCUGGGUCAGCAGCCAGAAUGACUCCCCAAGUGAUGUCAGUGAGGGGCCCGAGUACCUGGCCAUUGGCAACCCAGCCCCUCAUGGCCGGACUGCCAGUUGUGAGAGUCACAGCAGCAACGGCGAGAGCAGCAGCUCUCACUUGUUCUCCUCCAGCAGCUCUCAAAAGCUGGAGUCUGCUGCCUCUUCUCUAGGGGACCAAGAGGAAGGCAGGCAGAGUCAGGCAGGCAGCGUCCUUCGCAGGUCCAGCUUCUCAGAAGGGCAGACAGCCCCUGUCGCCAGCGGGACAAAGAAGAGCCAUAUUCGCUCCCACUCGGACACCAACAUUGCCUCCAGAGGAGCCGCAGGAGGCCCCAGGAAUAUCACCAUUAUAGUUGAAGAUCCCAUUGCAGACACACUGGCAUCCCAGCUCCUCCACGUGUUUGCAUUCUUGGACUGUUGUGAAGACUUUGGGAAUGAGAGAGUUAAAUGUUGUUCCUAUUGCUCACUUGUAUGUGUGUCUUAUUUCCUGCUGUGGUCACUGACACUAGACUCCUGCAAUGAUGGCUUGAAUCUGAGAGACCCCUUCCCUCCUCUGGCCACAGCAGUGCAGUCAGCGCCCCAACUCUUUGUGCAUAGAGAACAGUGACUGAGCGCUCGGAAGGCAAGGGCGGAAACUGCCCUGCUCUGCUCUCUCCCCGAGCCUGCUGAGUCCUGCGUUGUGGAACCCAUCUCAGCCUGUGGACUGCUUUCGCCUGUCCUUCUGCCAUCUUCAACACUGAGAUUCUACUCCCCGUGGUCCUCACUGAUGUAGGGUUCCCACCCUCUCUUAUGCUCCGAAUGCCACCACGAGUGUCCGUAGUACCACAGGCGAUGGCAGCCUGAGUGAGCGAGAGCCUUGACGGUGGGUCUUUUUGUAAUUCCCAGGAGAUGAGUUCCACGUGGGAAUCACUCAGUCCUUUCCCUCCGCUCAGCACCGUGUUAGUUCUCAUUCCCUUUUCCGUAGAGUAGGAAGGACAGUGUAUUACAGAUGAGUUUAGAUAGGAAAAGGGUGAUCUCUAGGGUCUCACAUUUAUUCCACCAUUCUCCUUCCAAGAGGUUUGGUGCUCUGUGACUCUUAAAGAGUCUAAAUAAUGUCAUUAGAAGAUAGAUGUCAGCUGGGCGUGGUGGCGCAUGCUUUUAAUCCCAGCACUUGGGAGGCAGAGGCAGGUGGAUCUCUGAGUUUGAGGCCAGGCUGGUCUACAGAGUGAGUUCCAGGACAGCCAGGGCUACACAGAGAAACCCUGUCUCGAAAAAAACCAAAAAAAGGAAGAUAGAUGUCUUCAUCCAAUUCUCCCUCACCUGGGAAGAGUUGAGAGCGCCUUUAAUAGAAGACCAUCAGACUUCUGGAAGAAGCUUGGUUGUUACAAGUUUUUGUUUCAAGACUGAAAUUUUAUAUCUACACUCCAAUUCCCACAGAGGGUGGUCAGUACCUCUGCUCAGGAGAAGGCAUGUUUAGAAGACCAUCAGAAGGACAGUCCCUCAUCAGUUACCUCUCUGAGCAAGACUUUGGCAGCUGUGCAGACCUGGAAAAGGAAAACGCCCACUUCAGCAUCUCCGAGUCCUUGAUUGCCGCCAUUGAGCUGAUGAAGUGCAACAUGAUGAGCCAGUGUCUAGAAGAGGAGGAAGUAGAGGAGGAAGAUAGUGACCGAGAGAUCCAGGAACUGAAGCAGAAGAUCCGCCUUCGGCGCCAGCAGAUCCGCACCAAAAACCUGCUCCCUGCGUACCGGGAGACUGAGAAUGGAAGCUUCCGGGUCACCUCCAGCAGCUCCCAGUUCAGUUCACGGGAUUCGACGCAGCUCUCUGAGUCCGGCUCUGCUGAGGAUGCUGACGACUUGGAAAUCCAAGACGCUGACAUCCGGAGGAGUGCAGUCUCAAACGGCAAAUCAUCCUUCUCCCAGAAUCUCUCGCACUGCUUCCUGCACUCCACAUCGGCUGAGGCAGUGGCCAUGGGGCUUCUGAAGCAGUUUGAGGGGAUGCAGCUUCCAGCUGCCUCGGAGCUCGAGUGGCUAGUCCCAGAGCAUGAUGCUCCACAGAAGCUCCUACCCAUCCCCGACUCCCUGCCCAUCUCACCAGAUGACGGGCAGCACGCGGACAUCUACAAGCUGCGAAUCCGCGUCCGUGGCAACCUGGAGUGGGCUCCGCCCCGGCCGCAGAUCAUUUUUAAUGUUCAUCCAGCCCCCACGAGGAAGAUUGCCGUGGCCAAGCAGAAUUACCGCUGUGCGGGAUGUGGCAUCCGGACGGACCCCGACUAUAUCAAGCGGCUGCGGUACUGUGAGUACCUAGGCAAGUACUUCUGCCAGUGCUGCCACGAGAACGCCCAGAUGGUCGUCCCCAGCCGCAUUCUGCGCAAAUGGGACUUCAGCAAGUACUAUGUCAGCAACUUCUCCAAGGACCUGCUCCUGAAGAUCUGGAAUGAUCCUCUCUUCAAUGUGCAGGACAUCAAUAGCGCACUCUACAGGAAGGUCAAGCUGCUUAACCAAGUCCGGCUGCUGCGGGUUCAGCUGUACCACAUGAAGAACAUGUUUAAGACAUGCCGACUGGCCAAAGAGCUCCUGGAUUCCUUUGACGUGGUUCCAGGCCACCUGACAGAGGACCUCCAUCUGUACUCGCUGAGUGACCUGACUGCAACCAAGAAGGGAGAACUGGGGCCCCGGCUGGCGGAGCUCACUAGAGCGGGAGCCGCCCACGUGGAGAGAUGCAUGCUGUGUCAGGCCAAGGGCUUCAUCUGUGAAUUCUGUCAGAAUGAGGAGGAUGUCAUCUUUCCUUUUGAGCUGCAUAAGUGCCGGACUUGUGAAGAGUGUAAAGCGUGUUACCAUAAAACUUGCUUCAAGUCUGGACGCUGCCCCCGGUGUGAGCGGCUGCAGGCCCGACGGGAGCUGCUGGCCAAGCAGAGCCUGGAGUCCUACCUGUCUGACUAUGAGGAGGAGCCCACAGAAGCCUUGGCUCUAGAGGCCACCGUCCUAGAGACCACCUGAGGAAUGCACUAAGCCCUUUGUGUAAGGGUCUGGCGAGGGUCAGAUAUAGACUGAGCCACACCUUCAAGGAAGGUGGGGCCUUUUAAAUAUAUAUAUAUUGUCAUUUUUUAUGACUUGUCUGCUGUCCAAGUGUAGGCAACCUUUCUUGGUUGAUGGAUCCAGUCUCUUGUGACAGCUGUCUGUGGGCACUGGGUAUUUUUGUCAGGGGAAUGGACAUCGAGACCCAGUUCUGACCCGCUCGGCCUCUUCUACUAGGACCAGAUCUGGUUACAGCUGCAGCUAACGAUCAUACCCACUGUUGACUUAGUUCCUCAGAGUCUGAGCCAGGCCUCUCUCAGCCAGCGACCUUCUCCUUUGCUGCUGAAGCAGGAGAAUGGUCUUUUCUUAGGCCUAGUCCUAACAGAGACUAAGACUGUGCCCUGAGUCACGGGAGAGAAGGGGGGUAUACAACGGGCAUUCUGUCUGGCCACUUAGGUAUACGGGGGGGCAGGGCAGGUAGGAACAGAACCAUCCUUGUUCUAGCAUCUUCGGGAUCUCAAAGGGCAACCAUGACUUCCCUGUUUCAAAUAUUCCUGGCAUAGGUGGGCACAAGCUGGUUUGUGUACUCUGGUGGGCUUGGAUCAAAGACCAGAUCCGAGUCUUAGGUCAGGCCACAAGCCUAUAAGUGCGGCUACAGCUGGUGCUUAAGGGGCGGCUUUUUCAGAUAGGCAUCUCCUCCGGGGUGGUCAGUCUCUCAGUUAACUAUCGUGAGUGCAGGUGUGCUUCAUGCUCAGGCAAGUCCCUGAUGCUACCUAAGGCGAGGAUAGAAACCCCUCCCACCAUCUGAAUAGUGGGUUCCUUACUGCUCUGUACGACUAUGUGGUCAUUGUGGUUCCAGUACUGAUAUGACCCAACUCCAUUCUCUGUCCCCUUCCUCCAGAGAGCUGCAGCCCUUCCUCUUGGCUGAUCUCUUGCCUUAGUUUCUUUUCUCAGAGUUGGGGGAAGCCAGCCAACUAGUAGCACUAAGUAAAGCACUUGGCAGUUUGUGAAUGUGUCUGUUUGCUCAGAGUAACAGGACCUUUAUGCAGUUAACUAACUCUUCAGCUUUGUAAUCUAUGUCAAACCAUCCAUUUCAUGGUACUAAUUUUAAUAGACUCUUCCCCUAUCACCUAAUGUGCAUUUUUUGUGGGAAUUGCCCUGGACUAGGCUGCACAUGAUGGUGGUGGUGUUUGAGUUGCUGCAGCACCGACCUCGGUAAACACUGGUCAGGGCUGCCUCUCAGAGCCUGGCAGUUCUGUGAACUUAAUCCACAGCCCUCUUGUUCUGGAGCUGGCCUGUGGCUUCCUGUACUUGACCGCUAGUAAAAUCAUUGGUCCAGGCAGUGUCGCAAGCCGUCAAAUGGAGUUGCAUGUUGUUGAUGGAAGCUGACAGGUAGCUGUGCUUAGAGGGAACGAGGGAUCUCCCAGAGAGGCAGAAGGGGCAUGACAUAACAGCCAAGCUGAGCUCCAGCAGAGCAAGAGGGAGCAUGCCAGGCUAGUUCCAAGGUGUGGCUCCUCUGCCUCACACUUGGGAUCUGACAACUACAUGGACUGGGACUGCUCUCAGUAGUCGAUGAGGCAGAAAGCCGAGGCCAGAGCCAGUUCUGCAGAGCUGGUUAGAAAUCCCUCCCAAUUCACUUAUCACUGAGUCAGACCUCAGAGACAGACUCUGACUCCAGGUCCAGUUCCUGGCUGACUUCCGUCCAGCUGCUCAGUGAAGUCACCACACUGGAGGAGACUCCACCCAUGCUCCCAGUCUACAAAGGCUCAAGCAGCCUCACUGACGUCCCUGUUCCUUUCCACCUCCCCACCCCACCCCAUCCCUCUAGGUCACAUACCUUCUAGAGCUCCUGAGUCCGCUGUCAUUACUCACCAAAUACCCAUGUCUGUUUAUUUGAGGAGCCGGAGCAGGGGGUGUGGUGAAAGCACUUUGUCACUUACAGUAUCUGAGGAUCCCCUGCUACACUGAUGGGAGGUGGGGAUGGAGCUUAGGGAGGGGAGCAGCACUCUGUACAGAGGGGACAGCUCCAAGUGCUCUGCACUUAAGGGGCCCUUCGUCCUCUGCUGAGGGCUGGAGAGCUUUUGCCGAAGAGAAAAGGAGCAAGAGUCUAAAUGAAAACGCUGUUUGUGUACAACCUGUGUUUAGAACUGGAUUCUCACCUGCUGUAAUUUACGCACAUCCUGACAGUCCAUGGUCAUCUUUAAUAAACUAAGGAAAAUAAAUCUUGCCUUUUAUUUACCUGCCUUGA